GAGGGGAGGGGCAGACCACCAAUACCUCCUCCAACACCACCUAUACCACCACCUCCUCCAAUAGCACCACCACUACCUACACCACCACCGAUACCCCCGCCAGUACCUAUACCACCACCAACGGCCUCCUCCAACACCACCACUACCACCUAUGCCCCCACCAAUACCACCACCGCCACCACCAAUACCUCCUCCAACACCACCACCACCUAUACCACCACCAACGCCUCCUCCACCACCACCACCACCACCACCAGCACCAACACCUCUUCCAACACCACCAACAGCUCCCCCUAUUCCACCACCAAUACCCCUGCCACCACCUAUACCACCACCAACACCUCCCCCUAUUCCACCACCACCACCACCACCACCACCACCACUCAGCGAGGGGAGUGGAGUGAGGGGAGGGGAGUGACGUGAGUGACGGGAG